AUGGAUCACGAGGCGCUGGCGCCGAAAGAGUUGGUGAUGCCACAAGUCAAGGAACCCUCAAGAGAAGAUCCAGUUGUCCUUCAAGACUCGCCACUAGGUUACGCGGACCGUGCCCCUCGUGCGCUAGCUCGUCGACGACGCUUCAAGAUUCACCGAACACCGCCUGCUCUCGUUGACGAACCCUAUGAUCAACAGUACCAUCUUGAGAGAAUCCUGCAGCAACGUCGUCGCGACGGUCAGUACCAGUACUUGGUACAGAAGCGGAGGUACCCGGAGUUGGAGAACUCAUGGGAGUACGAAGUGCCACUGCGGCAGGAUUUCCCGUAUGCCGUUGACGUUUUCGAACGUCGUAUUCAGGGUCUGUCGACACACACCGCAUCCCACUAG